UCUAAUACAUCUUACAUUUUGUUCCUUUAAAGUAAGUAAGAUGUGGUGUUAAAGUAACCUGUUUUGGGAAAAUUCCUGAACAGUUCAAACUUGUCCAGUCUUGUCCCUUGUGAUUGUAUUACAUUACUGCAAAGGUUUCAAUAUCAUUUCUUCUCGGGUACUGGAUAGGGACUCUGUCAUCACAUCAGAGAAACAGAGCACAGCAGCCGUUAUAUCACUCCUCUCCUAACCUGCUGAAUAGACAUAGAUCACAGAUCACAGAUCACACUGCACUGAUAGCAUCGUGCGUUGCAUGGAAUGUAUGCCAAACACGGACUUGAACACAAGACUUGUUCAACCUGUUUCUGAGUUGAUAAACAGACCUUUUGAUUUAACACAAACACACAGCCUUACAGUAAUGCGAAAACGGCUGAAACACAGAUUGUUUCCUGUCAUCUGAAGUGCUUCACUGUACAAAAAUUACAAUUGUGUGAAGAUGGCAGACGGGAGUGGACCAUCAUCACAGUCUGAAGAAGAUGAGGACAGUUCAUUCCAUAGAAGAGGAAGCAAAAAUCGACCUCCACACAUGUCUCUGGGCAAAACAAAGAUGAGAAUAGUUUUGCUGGGGUCAUACGCAGAUGUUAAAGCCUUCUGUGGGAACACAAUACUGGGAGCAAAGGUGUUCUCAGAGUCGCCGUCCCACUUGAAUUCGUUUGAGUGGCAUGAUGGGAUGGUGCUGGAGAGAUGCGUAAUGGUGAUCAACACUCCUGACCUGCUUGAUCCCAUUCACUGUCCUAAGGAGCAAGACAUGGAAAGAUUCUUUGAUUUGGCUUACCCUGGACCUCAUGCACUACUUCUGGUCCUUAAGCCUGGAACAUUUACAGAUCUGGAGAAAGAAGCACUCAAGCUCAUUGACAUCGUUUUUGGUGCAGGUGCAUCUGCGUAUGUGAUUAUUGUCUUCAUGCAUGAGGAGCAGGAGUAUGCAAGCGAUGAAGACGUUGAGUCUCUCCAGCAGACCUGCAGAUGUCCACACCAUCAUCUACAGAAGAAUGGAGAUCAGUCAGAGGUGCAGAAACUUCUGGAGAGCAUCGAGAAGAUGUUGGAGGAGAACGGAGGCCGCCACCUGAAGAUUCCUGAUGAAUCAAGACCAGUGGCAAACAAACCACUGCAAGGAAUUCCUGUCUACAGUCACUCAACCAGACGGAUUGUUCUUCUGGGUAAAAGUGGUGCUGGUAAAAGUGCAGCUGGAAACACAAUACUGGGACAGACAGAGUUCAGAUCUGAGAGGGGGAAGAGAUCAGUAACCCGUAAAUCCUCAGAGAAACACACCAUUGUUUCAGGCAGAUCUGUGUCUGUUGUUGAUACUCCUGGAUUCUUUCACGAACAGAUAAAAACUGAGGAGUUAACCAUAGAGGUAGAGAGAUGUGCUUAUCUAUCCAGUCCUGGACCACAUGCUUUUCUCCUCGUGUUUCCUGUGAUUAUGAGAUUCACUGAAAUGGAGCAGCAGAUUCCUAAGAAGAUCGAGACGAUGUUUGGUGAGGGAGUGUUAAAAUACUCCAUCAUUCUCUUCACUCAUGGAGACCGGAUAGAUAAACCCAUAGAGAGCUUCAUUAAGCAGAACUGUAAAUUAAGAGAUCUAGUUGAUCAGUGUGGAGGCAGAUAUCACGUCUUCAAAAAUAUAGACGGGAAUAACAGAGAUCAGGUGUACGAUCUACUGCGGAAGAUUGACAAAAUGAUAGAGCAGAAUGGAGGAGGACACUACAGUAAUCAGAUGUUUGAAGAUGCUCACAGAUUCAGACAAGAGGAGGAAGAGCAGAGACUGAGAGCAGAAGAGAGGAGAACGCUACAAGAAAAAGGUGGUGGGAUAAAAACAGGGGGAACAAACUUAAUGCCGAAAGUGUGCUUACAUUUGGUCAUGCUGGGAAGAACAGGAGCUGGAAAAAGUUCAACGGGAAACACAAUACUGGGACGAGAAGCUUUUAGUUCAGUGAAAAGCUACAAAUCUGUCACUCGAGAAAUUGCUGCAGAAGUUGGUGAAGUUUGUGGAUUUGCAGUCAUUGUUUAUGACACACCAGGAUUUUCUGGUACAGAGAGUGAGGAAGAACUUGGGCAAUACAAAGAGGUCCUCCAGAACUGUGUAUCAGGCCUGUGUGUGUUUCUGCUGGUUCUCCAGGGAGACAGAUUCACUGAAGAAGACCAGCAAAUCGUGGAAAAGAUUGAGGAGCUGCUAGAAGAAAAACGCAUUGAAAACACCUGGAUUCUCUUCACCAGAGUAGAUCAGCUGAAUAAAGAAAACAAGACCAUAAAUAAAGUCAUUAAUGAGACAGAAUUCUUGAAGAAUCUUACUCAGAAAUAUGAGGGCAGAUUCCACGUGUUCAACAACAAGACAAAAGUUCCAAGAGACCAAGUGAAAUCUCUGAUAACGAAAGUUUUCCAGAGGGCCUUACAGAGAUUUUCCAAAAAUCCUUGGCAAAGUAUUCCAGUCAAUAUCCAGGACAUCUCUGCUGACAGCCAGUCAUUCAGAAGGAUUGUGCUGCUGGGUAGAAGAGGUGUCGGGAAGAGUGCAGCUGGAAAUACAAUACUGGGACAGGACGUGUUCAAAUCUACACGUGCCUCAAACGCAGUAACCCGUGAAUGUACAGAAAAGCGCGCCACAGUUUCAGGCAGGAAAGUGUCUGUAGUUGAUACACCUCCAUUCUUUGGCACAGAGAUGAAUACAAAGCAGUUAAUGACAGAGAUAGCCAAAAGCAUGUAUUUAUCCAGUCCUGGACCACACGCUUUUCUCAUUGUGUUUAAUGUGAAUAUGAAAAUCACUGAACAGGAGCAGAAGAUUCCUCAGAUGAUUGAAACGAUGUUUGGAGAGGGAGUGUUGAAAUACUCCAUCAUUCUCUUCACUCACGGAGAUCUGCUGAGAGGAGAAUCCAUGGAGCAAGCCAUUGAGAAAAACAAUGCAUUAAGACGUCUAGUUGAUCAGUGUGGAGGCAGAUAUCACGUCUUCAACAAUAAAGAUCAGAAUAACAGAAAACAGGUCUAUGACCUACAGCAGAAGUCUAACACAAUGAUAGAACAGAAUGGAGGAGGACACUACAGAAGUCAGGUGUACGAAGAUGCUCACAGAUUUAAACAAGAGGAAAUAGAGAGGAAACUGCGAGAUGAGGAGUUGAGACAGAGAGAGGAAGAGGGGAGAAAACCACAAGUGAAUUCUUUUCGCCGUGUUUUAAUUGCGACUGCUGUCUGUGCUGGAGCUGUUGUUGCUGCCAUUGCUGGUGCUGCUCUUGCUGGAGUUCCUGGUGUUACAGCUGCUGUUGGAGCCAUUGUUGGAUCUGCUGCUGUUGCUGGAGCUUUCGAUGGUGUAGCCGUUUGGACAAAGAGGAGGCAGAGAGAGGAAGAGGAGAGAAAACAAGAGGAGGAAAAUGAAGAAGAGUGGGACUUAAUAGAGUGAAAAGGAGACACGUUUAUGACCAAGUUAUAAGGUCAAAUAUCAAGAAUGAAAGAGAGACAGAAGAGGACUGAACUGAGCUGCUGCCAACUGCUGAUGAAAUCAGCCUGUGAGAAACACAUCUUUGUUUAUGUUUAUAAUAUUCAUCAUCAUCAUCCUCACUAACCAAGUUUCCAUCCGAGGAUUUAAAAUGUUUAGUGAAAUGGCUUAUGGAAAUGCCAUUUGUUGAUAACAUUUCUCAAACGUUGAAACAAUCCUUUUCCGUUCUGCAUUCAUACUUCAAAUGUCUCAAAAAUUUGUUUGGAAACACUUUUUGUUGAGAAAAAAGGCGUUAAUGCAAAUGAAUGUGGUGUCACACAACAGAAUUAGCCAAAACAUGCAGUGUCCAUGUGUUCGUGUUGCAUUCUUUUCAAUCUACAAUCAGCCGUUGGGACCUAUUUUACCGAUCCAAGUGCAUGGUCUGAAUCCUCUUAUGCUAGUUUAACGAUCGGAAAAAAAAUUAUCUUUCCAGAAGGGUUGUACCUCUCUUAAUGAGUCAUGGGUGUGUCUUGGACAUAACAUGCAUUAAACCAAUCAGAUUCUCAUCUUCCAUGCCCUUUAAAAUCCAGUUGUGCUUGCACAAUGGCCGAUUCGCUAUUUACACGGCCAAAUUGCAAGAGGAAAGUCUAAAGGCUUCUCUAGAGGAAUCCUUUUAAUUUUAAUAUUUAAAAAUGUUUAUGUGCUGCUGCACGUCCACGUCCUGCACACCCAUGGGCGAAAAGAUGGUUGCGAGUGCAUUUGCUGUUUCAACAAUGUGGUGCUGGACGUGAAAAUGAAAACUGCGUCAGGCUGAAACUAGCAAAUAACACUCGCGCUGCAAUUGGAUGAGGAAAAUUUAGUGUCAUGAAAAAAUGAAAAUCUCAGCAAUUUAACAAAAAUGCAUAAGGCAUCUGUCAAAUCAAGAAAAACUGUUGGAGUUUGCCAAAAGGAAAGUAAAAUCAAAUCAAUUUCACGCAGCUGUUUUAAGCUAUGUGGCAAAUGAAAAUCACAGUCAUGACACAAAAUAUAAUUCAUAAAAUACAAUUCAUAUACCAAAUUCUGUCGUGAAACUCCAGAUAGCCAAGGCUGUUGGUAUUUAACCCAAACUGAUGAUAUCCACAGUGUUAACUACUUGGCACAAGCUGAUUGGUUCCUGUUGCAUAUGCAGCCAAUAAGCUUGCUCCAGUGGUGUAAUGUAAUGAAGUAAUAUUACUUCAUUACAGUACUAAGUAUUUUUUUGGUAGUACUUUACUUAAGUUUUUAUAUUAUACAGCCAACUUUUACUUUCAGUCCAAUACAUUUCAUAAUUAAAAUGUAUAAAUUUACUCCGAUACAUUUCCCCUGAAGCAUAUUCAUUACUCACUACAAAAUACUGUAUUUUUCGGACUAUAAAUCGCACCUGAGUAUAAGUCGCAUCAGUCCAAAAAUAUGUCAUGACC